AUGUUUCGACGACUCCCACCCACCAUCAAGGCCGUGGGCGCCGUGCGCACCAUCGUUGUGUUCAGUCAGCAGCACCACAUCCUUGAGAGCAACCAGAAAGCCCGCAGCAGCCCAAGUAACGUCUGGAUUGAGGACUGGGAGGUGGAGAACCACGGACUGAGCCCGGAGCCUGGGUCUGUUCCUACGCAGCUGCUGCUGGACAAACCGCUGGAACUUUUUAACUUUGAUCAACUUCUCUCCCCGCCAGAGGUGAUGGAGGCGCCAAAGCACAGCAGCUACAGCUCACGAAAAAUGUAUGGCGAGAAGCUGCAGUUUGAGCUUAAUGAUCGUGCACAGAAGCAUGGAUUUCAGAGUAAGUGGUGGCUCACGAGGGCGCAGGCGAUCAAGAACUCCCUCACCUUCAGGGGAAAUGCGCGUAGUUCUAUCAUUUUAACGAAGAGUUCACUUAAGCUGUUUCACUCCAGCCAACUUAUUGGCGGCGAGGCGUUGAUGACGCACCCCGUCUCUGGCGGGUCGAGGAAGCUGUACAGCAGGAAAGGCGAGGCCUUCCAAACCCUCUCGGAGCAUAUUCGUCAGAAUAUGUUUAACAGCGGCCUUUACUUUACAAACCGCCAGCUAGAGUUUUUUAAGCUGGCGGUGCAGCCAAGCCAGACACCGGUGGCACUAGACGUUAACUCGGGGGAUCGGUACCUUAUCUACAACGUGGAGCAGCUUGAGGACCCGGAGCUUGCGCUCAGGACGCUGGAUCGCUCCCCGGUGAACAUCCCGACCUUCCUCCUCUCUGGGGAGCCAAUUCAAAACGAGAGUAUGAAGAAACUCCCAAAGUUUAAGAGCAACUACUGGCUGAGUGGCCGCGAUGCCGAGUUGUAUCAAUGGCCCAUCAGGGAGGCCGAGAAGAAGGGCGUGCCCCUUCGCAACGAAGGCGCGGCCUCCCUGCAGGUUGAGCUGUACAACGUGGAGCAGCUUAGCAACCCAGAGGAGGCCUUUGCCAAGGCCGGACUCUACGUGCAGUAG